AUGGCAGCGCACUAUUCACAGCCAGAGACGAGUUAUGCGUUGGAGGGACUAAUAAACACUCCAAUGGAGAGAAUUGAUGGAAGAAACUACGACGAUUAUCGCAGCCUCAAAUUCGAAACUGGGAAUUCACCGAGUAGCUCUGGUUCGGCAUACAUUUGUGGUGCAGGCUGUGAAUGGCAGGUGUGUAUCAAGCUUGAUGUCGUUGAGGGAUUCAGCGCUGGUGGACUAGAUGCUCAAGUGGAGUACACGAGUGCUGCUGCGAAUUCACAAAAGAUACCACCACUUAUUACACCAGGCUUACUCUCAAAUCUCGUAAAUGUCACUCUAUCCCCUAUUAUUCCACCACGCGUAUUUCAAAUAUUAGAUGCUGGCGAUAAAUCAAAGUGGUUCAGACUGCAGAUGUCUGCGGCGUUGAUGUCAGCUGAGAAUUGCAGCAGUAGCAGCAUUAUCGACACACUCUUCUUAGCCGUAAAGAUGGCCCUUUCUGAGACGAGGCUGCCUAGAACUCGUCCGCUAGUGUUCGAGGCACAGGGCGAGACAGCGGGGGAGAAUAUCAAUGAGGAUCUCGAGAAAUUUGGUUUGAAGACUGGUGGCUCUGGGAAUAAGAACAGAAGCGCUGCUGAUUUUGAACUGGUAGAUCAGUGGCAUGAAGGUGAUCCAAUUCCUGGCAUAGAUAACCUGCCAUUGUCGAUAACACUCAAUGUUGUUCAAUCGAUCUACUUCGUUGACGCUACCUCGCUUGAGGGCGCUGUCCCUGGUCUCAUCUCGUACACGCUACUCUUCGAUAAGGAUGGAGCUAUCAGAGGUACGCAAAUGCUCGGAAGCGGUGAGCUGGAGUACAAGCAGCUACCAAAGCUGAUUCAUGAAGCAUCAAAACUGAUAACGGACCUUUUUACGCUUUUUAACAAGGAUGGGGGGCAAUUGCAAGACGAGCAGGCAAUGAAAGAGUAA